AUGGGAUUUUUAUUUUCAAAAAUAUGGUCACUUUUUGGUAAUGAAGAACACAAAAUAAUUAUUGUCGGUCUUGAUAAUGCCGGUAAAACAACAAUACUCUAUCAAUUUUUAAUGAAUGAAGUUGUUCAUACAUCACCAACAAUUGGUUCUAAUGUUGAAGAAGUUGUUUUUAAAAAUAUACAUUUUUUAAUGAUGGAUAUUGGUGGACAAGAAUCAUUACGUUCAUCAUGGCAAACAUAUUAUACACAUACAGAAUAUGUUAUAUUAGUUAUUGAUAGUACUGAUCGUGAACGUUUAUUAUUAUCAAAAGAAGAAUUAUUUCAUAUGUUACAAUGUGAAGAAUUACGUUCAGCAUCUGUUUUAAUAUUUGCUAAUAAACAAGAUAUUAAAAAUGCUAUGUCAUCAGCUGAAAUAUCUAAACAAUUAUGUUUAACAUCAAUUAAAGAUCAAGCAUGGCAUAUUCAAGCAUGUUGUGCAUUAACAGGUGAAGGUUUAUAUCAGGGUUUAGAUUGGAUUGCAUCAAGAAUUAAACGAUAA